AUGUCAUCUCACAACGGUACAAUUACUCCUAAACCUACCAUUCCUUUAAAGAGAUCGCGUCUCGCAGUAGAAUUCGACGGAGAAACCGAAACGGUUGGAUCUUCGUUGGCUCCAUCUGCUACUCCUUUGCAGACAAGAGUCGCAUCGCCUUGUACUUUGAAUCCACCUAUAGAUAACGAUGGACUUUCCUGGCCAUCAUUGGGAGCACGUGAACGUAUUGAGCAGACCUCUGAGGAAGCCACUGCCAGAGAACAGAGAAUUGCUGGAGCCGUCAAGACCAUUUUAACUGAACUUGGUGAAGAUGUGGAUAGGGAGGGUUUAUUGGAAACUCCAGAGAGAUAUGCUAGAGCCAUGUUAUAUUUCACCAAGGGGUACGAGGAUAACAUUAGGGAUGUCAUAAAAAGAGCAGUCUUUGAAGAAGACCACGACGAGAUGGUUAUCGUUAGAGAUAUCGAGAUCUACUCCUUGUGUGAGCACCACUUGGUGCCUUUCUUUGGAAAGGCUCACAUUGCCUAUAUUCCCAAUAAGAGGGUCCUUGGAUUAUCCAAGUUGGCAAGAUUAGCUGAAAUGUACGCCAGAAGAUUCCAAGUUCAAGAGCGUCUAACCAAGCAGAUUGCCAUGGCCCUAAGUGAAAUAUUGAAGCCAAGAGGUGUGGCUGUAGUUAUCGAGGCAACCCACAUGUGUAUGGUUAGCAGAGGUGUCCAAAAAACCGGAUCUUCGACUACUACCAGUUGUAUGUUGGGAUGUUUCCGCCAACAGCAAAAGACCAGAGAAGAGUUCUUGACUCUUCUAGGAAGACGUUAG